GGAUUUGUUGAUUAGCGGUCAUACAGAAAACAAACACAAACAUGUGUUUAAAAUGGGUGGAGUUAUUUCCUGUAAAUGCCACUGUAUAUAAUAUAGCCUUCUAACUUUAAAUAAGCAAUAUUUUUUCCAAGAACAUUAACGCAGGUGUUAGCUUUACCAAGGCAUGGAAGCUACUAUUUGAAUCUGUUUGAGAGCGGGGGUCAACGUCAAGUGCUUUGGAUACUUGCAAGCUGCAGUCCACAUGAACAACUUGAAUGAUCCUCAGGACUGGAAUAUAAGGCCAGAGAGGCAGGGUGAUGGUGGUGGCAGCAGUAAGUGGAACUAUGCCCUCCUCGUGCCCAUGCUGGGGCUCGCUGCCUUUCGAUGGAUCUGGUCCAAGGAGUCUCAAAAGGAAAUCGAGGAGGCCAAGGUGAAGUAUGAAAAGAUUGUAAAGACAAUCCAAAAGGACCUGGAUGUGAAGUACAGACAGACGCUCUCUGAAAACAGCAGAGAAACAGCUCGGCUCGAGCUUGAUCUAGAGAAAGAAAAGCAGCGGGCACAUGGCUACCGUCAAGCCCUGGCAUCACAGAGUCAGAAGCUCGAGGAGGAACGUCGAGGCAUGAGGCUGGAACGUGAAGCUCUAGAAGACGAGAGAUCUAGAUUGCGUUACGGAGGACCUGGUGGCACCCUCUUCCACGAGGCGUUGCAAAAGGAAAAAGAGCGAGAGAUGAGGGCUUCGCUGGCUCUGAAGGAAGUAGAAUACAAGCUGGUGGAAAGACAAAGGGCCUUUUGCAGUAUUUUGGUGCCUCGUGCGAGGAGGGUGGAGAUGGAGAAGGACCUUCUGGUUCAGACAGCCAAAAAGCCUCUUCUUGCACAUCUGGAGAUGGAGGACGGUCUCAGGGAUAUUUUUAAGAAUGAUCGCAGUUGUGCCGAGUAUCUCAACACAGAUGAGCGCAGGAAUGGAAGUCUCAUGUGGCUGUAUCUCAGAUACUGGCAGCUGCAGGUCACUCUUCAAACACACCAGAGAGCUGAAGCUGCUAUACUUGGGAUACAGCAGAAAUGAAUCUAUAUCAAUAAAAUGAUGUAUUUUAAAUGACCUCAUUGCCAAUAAAGUUAAUGAGAUUCAA